AUGGCUUCAUCACGAGAAUCUUCGCCUGGAGCGUCUACUUCUCCAAUGGAGUUGACGCCCAAUUCAAAAAUCAGAGCUGCUAUGGCGGCUGCAGGAAUUAGUGAAUCUGAUGAGGAGAGCGUCUCUGGAAUUGCAAGGAAAAGAAUAGCUUCACAGAAACCAAAGUCGGAUAUAUUUAAUGCAAACUCUCAGCCAACGGCACUGGGCGGGACGAAAGGUUCAAUCGAUGUCGGGAGCCGGUCCUCUUCAGACGAAGAAGAAAUAGCAAGGCCAAGGGGUCGAAUGGCUGCGCGGAUGCAAGCUGCAUUGGACGGAUCAGACGACGAUCAGCUCGUGGCGAAUAAUCCGAGGGAAAGAGUCAGGAGACUCAUGAAGAACAAACCAAGGCCAGAGUCACCGAAGGUUGCAGAUGAUGAAAGCCAUGCCGAUGAAAGUGAUAUACCAGUGGUUUCGCGAAGACGUAAGAUGGGAAGCUCACCUCGCCAGACACCCGUCAAAUCAACCCCUCGACAAGAAUCCGCUUCUCCUGGACUUUUUGUUACACCCAGUGCUGGCAGAUCGGCCACGCCACAGGCCGAUGCUUCCGAUUCAGAUAGCCUGCAAAUGGACUCGAUAUCGAAAUCAAAUAAAACUUUCCAGGACUUGGUUGCCAGGAAACGCCAAGAACGGCACGCAAAAGAAGCGGAAGAUAGAAAGAAGAAGGCUGCGAAAGCUGAAGAAAGGAAACGACAGACCGCAUUGAUCGAAGACGACAAUCAGGUUGACAGCGAGGAUGAAGGAGGACAACGACUUACACAGCAGAAUCGUCCCACCCGGAAGGCGAGCAAGAGAGCUAUCGAGGAGAUGCACAGAGAGACUCAGCGAUUGUCGAGGAACAUGCAAUUGGCUCAUAAAGCUACAAACAAGAAGAAGAUCACGAAGCAGAGCUUGUUUGCUAAAUUUGGCUACAGACAAACUGAGGAGACAAAUACUGUUUCUUCUGACCCUGCUAGACCCACAAGUUCAAGUCCUCCGCCCGCACCACAAUCAGACAUUGAGAUGCAAGAAACGCCACCUACAUCUCCACCAGAUGAUGUGGACACCAAUGAUAAACGAGAGCCCACCGGACCUUCUUUGGUAACAAGCACAGCCAUGGAUGUGGUAGGUGAAGAGGACUUGCCUACCCUUGAGGAAGCUCUGAGAUCGUCACCACCUUCCAGGAGAGACAAGGGCAAAGGAAAGGCUGUCGAUACAGAAUUGAUCGAAGCCUUAUCUGAGAAGAAGCCUGUCUUCAAACAGCGACCAAUUCAGGUACGGCCAGCGAAAGUUAGUACUGGUGACUUGGAGCUUGAUUCGGAUAGUGAUCUCGAGAUCGUGGAACCAAAGAAAUCUGCUCGCAAUGCAAAAUUAGAUGCGAUUUUCAAGCGCAUUCCGGAGAAACAAGCCAAGGAACCUCAUUCGAUGGUGGCUUUACGAAUGCUUGCACACCUCAGAUCGCCUGGAAAGCAAAAUUCCGGAAGAAAUCAAAAGCCAUCGAUUACAGCCCAAGAUCUACAAAUCAGUCUUCAAUUGAAGGCAAGGCAACAAGCACACCGAGAAAGAGAGGAGCGACUCCAGGCCCUUAGAGAUCGAGGAAUCAUUGUACAGACUGCCGAGGAGCGAGAAAAGGAAAUGGCAGAGGUUGAUGACUUACUCGCUAAGGCUCGCCGUGAAGGAGAAGAGAUCCAGGCAAGGGAAAAGGCAGCUGCUAAGAGAGAGCGUAAAGCCAAUGGUGAAGUAGACUCACUGGGUGAUAGCAGCGACGAUGAGGACUGGCAAGAGACGAAUGACAUACCAGAAGAGGAAGAAGUUUCCGGCUCAGAAGACAACGAGCACGAGGACUCCGAGAAUGAUGAAAGUGGUGAAGACGAGGAUGAGGAAGUUGAGGAAGAAGAGGCAACUGACCACCCCGUACCUAAUCCCUUAUUCGACAAUGAGGCAGAGGAAGAUGAAGAAUCUGAAAUUGAUCUUUCGAUUCCGGAUAAUCCAGUUAACCUCAUGGAUGCCGAGGACGAAGAAGAAACUCUACCUGUCCAUCGCCGGUCCAGAAAAUCGAGAGUCACGAACAUUAUCUCCGACGACGAGGAAGAAGAGGAUCUUCUCACAAAGACACCCAAACCUCCCAGAACUCUAUCUUUAUCGCAGCCGCGAACAGACUCACCGGUGAUCCCAACUUCAGUUCUUCGUUCAGCAACCAAAACAUUCAUACCUGGUUUACCCAUAACAGGCCCCGCUGGACUCGGUCUUACACAGAUAUUCCAGGGUACAAUGGAUGAUAGUCAAGAUGUAUUUGAAUCAUCAAAUUCAGAGUCACAAAUCUUAGACGUAAAAGAACACUCCAUGGAUUUCCUUCGCCGAAGAGCUAUGCCUGAGCUGCCCGAUUUUGUUCCCACCAUGAUCGACGAAGAGACACAAGAUAUGGUAAUGGAUAGUCAAACACAAAUACCAGCAUCACAACCAGUAGACAAUGAAGCCCAGGGAAUCCAGGUUUCAUUUUCGCAAUCGCAAAUACAUGAUUUUGACAGUUUAGUCGAGAACCCAUUAUCAACUCAAGUUUCCGAAUUUCCUAAUACACAGGAUGAAGGAUUCUCGAUGAUCACACCCAUUAAAUCUCGAUUUAUGGAUCCACCUUCGACCGCAGGCACAUUCAAAAUGGGAUCACAGUCUACUCAAAUGAUUGGUGAUAAUAUCCAAGAAACGCCUAUUGCGAAGAGGAAAGGAAAGCUUCGCAGAAGGGCCCGAGCUUUCUCUGUGUCCGAUGAGGAUGAAUCAUUACAUGUUGACCGAGAGAAUAACAAUCAAAAUGAUGACUUUGAAAUUACCGCCGACGCUUUUGAUGUCAUGCGUAAAGCCGCAAAAAGAAGACCAAAGGUUGAAGAAUUCGAUAAGAAAAAGAGUAAUGCUAAGAACAUGGUCAAUGAACAAGCCGAGGAAUCAGAAGAUGAGUAUGCUGGUCUGGGUGGUGCCAGUGACGAUGAAAGCGGAGGGGAAGAGGAUGCUUUUGUUAAAGAAAUGAUAGAUGAUGAAAAGAAAGAUAUUGACGAGAGCGAACUUGCCAAAUUCUAUGCUGACCGCGAGAGAGCAAGUGACGAGAAGCAAAUAGAGAAGCUCUACAACGAUAUCUCCAAGGGCAUGCUUCGCCGUAAACGAGGUGCUGAUUAUGAUCUUUCGGACUCAGACGAUGGUGGAGAGGCACGCCAGCGUCGAAAACGCGCAGCAGAAGCCAAGAUGCGCAAAGCUUUACUUGCAGACGAAAAGAUUGGAAAGAUCGCACAGAAUCCCAAAAAAGAAGCUUUUCUUCGUGCAAUCGAGGAUCGAGGGAGUGACGAUGAGAUGGGAUUUCUGGAUGACUUUCAAGAAAAAGACGAUACUUCUGACUCACAAUCUCAAACUCAGAAUGACGAAUCUCAGCAACCGGCACCUAGCCAGACUGGAGUAGUCAUGGGCCCUCCGUCAAAACGUAAGCAUUCUGAUAGCACUGGUUAUGUUCGACCGCCACCACACUUGCGACGUACAGGGAAGAAGCCCUCGAAUCUAUCAGAAGUUCGAGAAUCACUGUCAAGUCUUAUCGAAGAUCCUCAUGCUAUGGUUACUUCAACAAAUUUUGAAUCUGAUUCAGAUGAUGAUCUAGAAAUUGAAGGAGGCCCAGAGCAAGGAACUCAAAAGAAUCGUGAUCCUUUCGCCAUACGCAGAACUGGAACCUCCAUCAUCGACAGAAUACAACUUAAACGCGAAUCUUCGAGUAAUGUUGCUGCCAACAAUGAACGUCUAGCAUUCGCAGCACCCUCAUCGCAACCAGGCCAUAGGGUAGUACCUCUAUUGAGAAAAGCCACAACAAAUAGCAGUAUUCUAUCUGGGACAUCAAGCACUGGUGUAAGUAUUGGUAUGUCAGCAACAGAGCGAAUGGCUGGUGGGAAGGACGAAGGAUCAGGUAUCAGGAGAGGAGGAGGCAAGCAUAGUGGAGUGAACUCUUUUGUAAGGGAAAGUGAACGGAAAGCUGUGAUGGAGAAGAAGGAGAAGAGAAGAGAGCAAAGGAAAUUUAAGGGAGUGGAAAGUAGGCGCAAGGCCGUUGGUGGUUUGUUUGGAAAAGGUACAUUCGAAUAA